CAAAUACUCAAGCUCAAGGGUGAAGUCAAGCAAUACGGCGACAUGGACCAGGAAGCGCCUUUGCUGUCAUUUCACCCGGAGAAACCAUCUCCUGAUACGUUGACCAAACUCAUCCGGCGACUCCGCGCCUUGACUCUGCGCUUGCUCCCUGUUGAAGUCGAUACGAAGAGUCUGAGCGUCCCAGGGAGUCGUAUCAUUACUCCUCAGGUGAUAUCUGCGUAUGUCGAUGCAGCUGGCGAUUUUUACAACGAGCUCCCAUAUUGUCUUCUUAGAGCGUAUGCGGGGUUCAUGUGGGACGCUAAUCAUAACCCUGCCGAUUACGGAGAAAACUUGGGCCGCGCCGUAGCGUGCGAAGUGCUUGCGCGGAGAAUCGUGCAUCAAAGUCCACCUGACAAACUGAUACCGAUGGUAACCACGCGGUAUCGGCAUAGGCACGCUGACGGGGAUAUCAGCGUUGCGUCCAGCGCUCUGGAAAUUGCUAUCGAUAAUAACUGUACUGUAUUCCUGUCGUCGAGCGAAUCUCAGGAUGUGGUAAACCGGCUCUGGAAUGGGGAACUCGUCCAGGUUGCCGACGAGGAGGAUGAGGACGACAUACAAUAUGUACCUUAUCAUAAGCCGCGUAACGCAGGUUUCGGGGCUCACUUUGACCCCGCCCGUAUGUCGAUUCCGCGAUACCAAAAUAUUCUGAGGAUCAUAGUAUGGCUUGUCUUCUUGGUAGUCUACUCCCAAGCAGUGCGGGAACCACUUCAGCGACUUGAUCCCAAUCACGCUUACUUUGAUGCUUGGGAAUAUGUACUCUAUGUUAUGGCAUUGGCGUUUUGUUGUGAAGAUAUACACAGGUGGUACCAAUUCUUCCGGUUUGCAUCCUAUCGAGCAUUUGGAUUCUGGGAUAUCGUCUCCUUCAUCACCGAUAUCCUACUUGUUGCAGCCUUCACCUAUCGCAUUGCAGAGCUCUCAACUGGUGGGGAGAGGGCUGGUUUACUUCGCUUGAGGAGUUUUCAGAUUUUGAGUUUUGUCGCUCCUUUCAUUUGGAUGAAACUCGUGACCAUUUUUGACGGCUUUAAGUAUAUUGGUACUAUGCAACUCUGUGUGGCACGGAUGCUGCAAGAAUCGGGGAUUUUCUUUGCUCUACUCACGGUUCUGGGUGCUGGAUUCUUUCAAGGUCUGUAUGCUUUGGAUGCAGCUGAUGGAGAGAGCGAAGAUCCCUCGGCCAUUGUUAACGUGCUUGUACAAGGACUGUUACAGUCUCCGAACUAUGAUCGGUUUUCCGCAAGUCCCACUGGCUUGACAUUGUACUAUCUCUGGACUCUUGUGACAGUAGUCAUCUUGUUGAACGUGCUGAUCUCAUUGUUUGCAUCUGCAUAUUCGGAAGUGGUGGACGAUGCUGAGGCCGAAUAUUUGGCAUUCUUUGCCGGAAAGACUGUCGCAAUGAUUAGGGCGCCAGACUCGUACGUUUAUCCUGCACCGUUUAAUCUCAUCGAGAUCUUCUUGGUCGCCCCCUUCGAGACCAUCAUUUGCGUGAAACAGAAUACUUAUGCCAAGCUCAAUCGUGUUGUGAUGUCUACUAUCUUCUUCAUACCGCUCUGCAUUAUUGCCCUGUGCGAAGCCGGCCACAUGGAAAAAUCAUGGGUAACCAAGUGGCUGCGCCCGGAGCAGGAUGAAGCCACGGAUGAUCCAGCGGUGCGCGAUCCUCCCAUGGAAGGGGUGGACGCGGAAAGAGGUUUGGAGAUAAGCAAAAUGAAGUUUGGUCAACUAGUCAAGAGGUUCCCUAAUACAGAACAGUCGAGCGAGGAGGCGAUUUUGAAGGAGAUCAAAGAAUUACAGGGGAAGUUACACUUGUUGAUCGAGAAACUGCCAGCUUCGAUUUAGGUCAUAACCUACUCGGGUGUUGGCGAGUAGUUCGGAGGUCUUGUGUUGUGUUGGCGUAUAGCAAUGUGUCGGCAGUUAUGGACAACUGCAUCGAGAAAUGUAACAUUUCCUUUCUUUAGGCUUGCUCUGCCGCCCGAUCUUCCCCUUCCCGUGAAAGUUGGGUAAGAACACUCAUCGCAUGUAUGAAAAACGGUCGUAGUUCAUUGAUUUCCAUGGAGCAUAAGUUUGGCAGCUGGAAAGACCAUCAGGCAA